UUUGGCUUCCCAUUUUCUUUCAUAACAAAUUUUCAGUUCCGAAACUUUUCGAAAAGCAAUUUCCCAAAUUGCAACGAAAAUACCCCUCAGGUUUAUUUCUUCAUUCCAAUUAACCAUGUCUCUCUGCCUAAUCACAAAAAAUAAUAAUUAGUAAAUGUUAAUUAUUCGAUUUUGAUACAAUCAUUUGGCUCUUCAAUUUCACGCUUAUCUCUCUCUCUCUCUCCCUCUUUUUUGUUUUGUUUUGUUCAAAAUUUUGAAUUUCAGCUUGGAAGAAUGAUGUGACUGAUAUUGUGGAAUUCUAUCAGGGGUCUAUAAAUCCUAUGUUGCAUAUUAUGCAUUUGCAAUGGAGGCAAGUGAAGCCAAAUUUGAGGAUAGAUUUGUUCCGGUAACAAAUACGAAGGAGAUUGCUGAUCCUGUUGUUUACCAGCUUGUCCGGGUGGAUGGCGAUGGGAGAUUAGUCCCGGCAACUCAGGAUGAAAUUAUGGCGGUUGAGGACUUGCUUGUUGAUGAUAAGUGUGAACCCAAGCUUGUCCCAGAUACCAGACAGACUUCAGAAUCCUGCAGAACUGAAGGAUAUCUUCUGGAGAGAAAUCCUUUUCAAGUUCCCGAAGGUAAAUUAGAGUCUGAAAUUCCUGAAGUUGGUGCAGAAAAGUCAAAUGUGUUAGUUGACCCAGUGCCCGACUUGGGACAAAUGGAAGCUCCUGAAAAGGUGGCUGUUCAUGGAUUGGCUCGUUGCUCAGAACUCAGCAAUAUUGACCUAUCUGUGAGGACCGAGGUAUCCUCCAAUUCCCAAGAUGCACCAAGUGAGGAUACACCAUCAACUUCUGCUGCUGGUUCUAGUUGGAAGCCAGACUUUUCAAAGUUGGAGGGGAAGAUAUGUUUAGACAACCUAACAGUUAAAGAACUUCAGGAAACUUUUAAAGCAACUUUUGGAAGGGAAACUUCUGUCAAGGACAAACAGUGGCUUAAGAGGAGGAUUACCAUGGGGCUGACUAAUUCAUGUGAUUUUUCAUGCACUACUUUCAUAAUAAGAGAUAAUGUAGUGGUGACGAAAGGUGAAGAACAAAUAUGUCAUCAUGUAAAGAGCAGAAUUUCUGCACAUUCUGAAGAUGGAGUGGCAAAUUCAGACUCUAGAGAGUCGUUAGGUGACCAUGAUAACAGAAUAAAUGAUGAUGCUGAUUUUUCUGGGGCAGAUGUUUCCAGUUCCGCCUUUGAAAGUUGUAAUGUUACUAAAGAUCUGUACACAGAGCAGAGAACAGCCAAAAGAGCUCGCAAACCAACAAAAAGAUAUAUUGAAGAACUUUCAGAAAUAGAAUCUAGAGAAUCCAGUGAAAAGUUAGCAUCACCGGAUAAAAUCUCCAGAUACCGAUUUCCAUGUCCAGAAACUCAUAUGAGGCCCACCAAAAAUGUUAGGUCGAAUGUGAGACCUCUGGUCACCAGGCAAGAUUCUUUAGGAGGUUCUGGGGUUCAAAUUCCAUUUGUUUCUCGGAUUCGAAGGAGCCGUCCGCGUGUGAACUUCAUGCCUCUUUUGGAAUUUCAGCCCAGUGGUAUGGACAUGGCAACCGGACAAGUAAGGAGUGGUUUGGACGUAUCUGGGCCACAAGAAGAUGAUAAGAGAAAUAAUGACCUGAUCAAGACCAGUUCAUCUCCUGGGUGGACUCAACAGCCUGUAAAUAGAACUUCCCAUUUCUGCUGUUUGCCUCUGAAUUCUGUGUCUUAUUGCUGCUUGUGGAAAGACGAGCAUUACACUGGGAUGAAAAUUGUUGAGCUAGAGAAUGACAUAGAGCUGAAUGACUGCUCUGAGGACAAUUCAGAUGAUAAUGUGGCAACUAUACCCACCCAAAAAGGAGGAAUGAGGAGAAAACAUCAUCGACCUUGGACUAUCAAUGAAGUUGUUAAGCUAGUGGAAGGUGUAGCCAGGUAUGGUGCUGGUAGAUGGUCUGAGAUAAAACAGCUUGCUUUUGCAUCUUGCCCUUAUCGAACUUCGGUGGACCUAAAGGAUAAGUGGAGAAAUCUGCUGAAAGCUAGUUUUGUGCAGUUGCCCGCAGAAAAAGGGAUUCUGAAUUCCCGGAAACAGGCUUCAGUUCCGAUCCCUGCUCCAAUUCUCUCGCGUGUGAGAGAGCUUGCUGAUAUGCAAGGUCAGAUCCCACCAAUUCUCAGUACGGGCAAGUCAAGUGGACAUAGUAGUAGUGGUAGAAAUGUACAUGAAGCUAGGUCUGGAUUCCUGUAAUUUCAAUAUCAUAAGAGGUCUGUUUUUUGGAAUAAGCCUGAUGCUGAUGGGCAAACAGUUCACUAACCUUUAUAUUUCAUAUGAGAAUGCUACUUUUUGUGCGAUUUAA